AUGAUAUACAAUGGAGGAGAGGGGAAGAAAGCUAUUAAGAGGAUUGGGCUCUUGACGUUACCGCGGGAGAUUGGGCUAGUAACGUUACCGCGGGAGAUUGGGCUAGUGACGUUACCGCGGGAGAUUGGGCUCUUGACGUUACCGCGGGAGAUUGGGCUCUUGACGUUACCGCGGGAGAUUGGGCUCUUGACGUUACCGCGGGAGAUUGGGCUAGUAACGUUACCGCGGGAGAUUGGGCUAGUAACGUUACCGCGGGAGAUUGGGCUAGUGACGUUACCGCGGGAGAUUGGGCUAGUGACGUUACCGCGGGAGAUUGGGCUAGUGACGUUACCGCGGGAGAUUGGGCUAGUAACGUUACCGCGGGAGAUUGGGCUAGUGACGUUACCGCGGGAGAUUGGGCUCUUAACGUUACCGCGGGAGAUUGGGCUAGUAACGUUACCGCGGGAGAUUGGGCUAGUAACGUUACCGCGGGAGAUUGGGCUAGUGACGUUACCGCGGGAGAUUGGGCUAGUGACGUUACCGCGGGAGAUUGGGCUAGUGACGUUACCGCGGGAGAUUGGGCUAGUGACGUUACCGCGGGAGAUUGGGCUAGUGACGUUACCGCGGGAGAUUGGGCUAGUGACGUUACCGCGGGAGAUUGGGCUAGUGACGUUACCGCGGGAGAUUGGGCUAGUGACGUUACCGCGGGAGAUUGGGCUAGUAACGUUACCGCGGGAGAUUGGGCUAGUGACGUUACCGCGGGAGAUUGGGCUAGUGACGUUACCGCGGGAGAUUGGGCUAGUAACGUUACCGCGGGAGAUUGGGCUAGUAACGUUACCGCGGGAGAUUGGGCUAGUGACGUUAUCGUGGGAGAUUGGGCUAGUGACGUUACCGUGGGAGAUUGGGCUAGUGACGUUACCGUGGGAGAUUGGGCUAGUGACGUUACCGCGGGAGAUUGGGCUAUUGACGUUACCGCGGGAGAUUGGGCUAGUAACGUUACCUCGGGAGAUUGGGCUAGUGACGUUACCGCGGGAGAUUGGGCUAGUGACGUUACCGCGGGAGAUUGGGCUCUUGACGUUACCGCGGGAGAUUGGGCUCUUGACGUUACCGCGGGAGAUUGGGCUGUUGACGUUACCGCGGGAGAUUGGGCUCUUGACGUUACCGCGGGAGAUUGGGCUCUUGACGUUACCGCGGGAGAUUGGGCCUAGUGCAGUCUUCCGUGCGGUGUUGGGUGCUUUAAGAUGUCUUGCAAGAUCAGCGUUGGGUGUUGACCUCACAAGAGGAAGUGCUCCCUGCGGCCGCAUCCUUCAAGCCAAGCUUGGUACCCACGAGGAGCUGACCAUCCAGCGAGUGUUGAGGAGAAAAAGAGAAGCUGCUUUAGACGACAAUGGUCAGGCUCCUGUGCCCAUCUACGAACAGGCCUACGGAGUCGACCUCAAGGGUCGCUCCAGGAAGGAAGGUCUUCGUCUGUACUCCUCUUUGAUGGACACCCAGGGGGAAGGAGACCCAACAUCCCCGGAGGUGACCAUAGAAGCCACGGACUCGCCCAUUAAGCCCCAUCAUAGAACCGGCCUACUGGACCCCACUGGCUCCAUCGUGUGGCCUCUGAAGGAAAUAUCGAACUUGUGGUCGUCGCCGAAGCGCAGCCACCGGUACGAACAUGCUUCAGGCCCUCAAAUCUCCUCCAGAAUCGUUAUCGGCGCCAGGGACGAUGCGGACGAUUACAUAGAUAACGCCCUCACCCCGCAGAGGCGACGAGGGACACCGGUCGUCGAGCGCCGCUCUCGAACUAAGAGUUUGCACAGCUCCGGUAGAAGGGUUCGGCUUCGGCAGAGGACGCCAGUCCAGGCUAACACAAAACCGGUGCCCGUCAUGUUCCGGAAUUCUCUUGUGAAGGCCACCGACCGUCACGACGGCUUCUCGGGCCAGAACAGUGUGGUUCCAAAGGCCUCCCGUGUCCCCCAGUCACCCACCGUGGUGGAGGUGGUGCAGCGUCCGGGUACCAUCAAGAAGAUACCGGAAAGUCUGAGUUACCCCCGUAGAAGUGUUCGCUUUAGUCAGGACACGAAGAAGAAACCCAGGAAGAAGGUUGGCCACGGCCAACGCCGCCGCCAGCGGACAUCAGGCUCCCUGGCUCACUUUGAGGCCGCUCCUUCUAACAGGACUUCACGACACGGGUAUGGCGGUAGACAAAUACACGAAGAAUGGUCUCCGGCUGUCUGGAUGGACAAAUUGGGCCUCAAUCGCAAAUACACACUUAACCAUGGAAAGGUGACGGUCAGGGAAGCCGGACUCUACUACCUCUAUGCUCAGGUGUUGUACGAAUCCGGACGUCUCGGCACCGGUUUCCAGAUCCUGGUUGAUGACAUCCCGAUCAUGGAGUGCACUCUGGCGCCAACCCAGCCCUCACAUUCCUGUCACACUGCUGGCGCCACCUAUCUGCCCAAGAACGCGGCCGUCUACAUUAAAGAUGUUGAGCAGUACACGACGCCCGUCAGACGCCACGAAAAUACUUUCUUCGGGCUGCUGAAGCUCAUGGACGCCCCCAACACUGCCGAGGAAUUAGUGCUGGGCUGAACAGGCUGACGGAGGCGACGAAGGGCGGGAUUGUUGGGAAGAGAGGGGAAGAUGGGGUAUCAUAGAACAACGUAAUAAUAUGUACUCGUACGUCUAAAAUACUCGAAGACGUCGUGUGUGCAAAUGUUAAGUGAAAUUUGGUUUCGGAAAAAAAUGUGAUCGACAGAAAACAGUUAAUAAUUAACCCUUAGGUUGCUAAGAUAUUUAAAAGUUCUACAUCUAGGUGCGCAGUGAAAAAAAAAAUGGUUUGAUAACCUGUAAGGAUCAAUUGUAUAUGAUUGGAGCAAAGGAGGAAAUCGCACAUUUACGAUUGGCGCAAUUUAGGGGUUAACAAGACAGCAGAAAAGAUAAAAGUUGUACUGAGGACCGAGUUGUUAAAAACGCAGCGAAUCUUUGUGCCAGGAUGGUUAAUGUGUGUGUAAAGAUAGUUCCAAAAUGUACAGUUGCUAGGAAAUGCAACAAAAUGGUCCUCUUUGAAGGAAACAGCACAAGGAGAAAAAUAUUUCACACAGUAACAAGGACCAGGUUUUAUAGAGCAUUUGUGUGUUUACUUUGAAACCUGUGCAUCUUUCCUUAAUCAUGGCAGCAUUAUUUAUAUUUAUUAAACAGUUUAUGGGUUUUGAAACUUCAUAACCCAAGGUUAUUGUUGUUAGAAACAACCUUUUGGGCCUUCGGAGCUCAUAAACUGUUUCAUUCAAGUCAACAAAGACAUCCAGAAUAGAGGAAAGAUGUACAGGUUUCAUAAAUGGAUUCAUAAAUGCUUGAUAAAUCCUGGCCCAGAAUCCUCUUUUUUUUUUGCAUCAUCUUUCAUGCAAAUAUUCCUGUGACCUCAUCCUGGCCGAGCACGUUUGUGGCACUAUGUUGACAUAUUUGGUUUGGUGCCAUUUGGAAAGUGCCACUUAAGGCAUUAGGAGGAAGUCUCAUAAACCAGGGUCUUAAUGUAGGCACCAGACCUCUGACGGGUUAUGCUACAAACCCUCCUAUAUGAAUACCCGUGCUGGGUGGUACCCAUGUAUACCUUCCUACACUGUAUUCCUGCGGUACAUGGUAUACACAUGUAUGCCUACGGUGCAGGUAUACAUGUAUACAGAAUCACGUGUAGAGUCCUGAAGGUAUUCUGGCUCGAGUUAUUUUAUACAUAAUGUAAAACAUUUUACAUUUUCUCUCACACACACACACACACACACACGCACACGCAUACAUUAUUUGUCUGUCUAUCAUUAUUUAUAUUCUACUUACGCUACAUAGGGUAAAUAAAAAAAUCAGCCCUCUAAUCAUUCAUAUUUUAAUAUUUAUAUAAGCGAACAUGUUGGUCUAGUACUGACGGCAAAGUCUCUUAAAACAUUAAAUAUUGCCUAGGUGCAUCUCGUAACUUGAAUAUUAUGAGGUUUUGGAUCUCGUAACUUGAAUAUUACGAGGCUAUGCAUCUCCUAACUUGAAUAUUACGAGGCUAUGCAUCUCGUAACUUGAAUA